CCCGGAUGUCCGUCGGCAGGUCAGCUGAACUCAGUUCCCACUCCAUCAUGUCCUCGACACCAUCCUCGGGACGCCUGGGGCCAGGGGAACUGGCACUGGGAACCCAUAUUAGCCGCAGGCUAGUCGUCUCGCCGCUCCGGCUCUCACUAUUGCUGCGUACACGAUGAGCGCGGCACCAGGGGCAACCUCAGGCUCGCAACCCAACGUCAAGGACUCGCAGGGUGGUGGAUCUGGCAUGACAUUGCUAGGCUGGACUGUGGGUGCUCUUGCGGGCCUAGCGGCGUGGGUUUGGCCAGGGACACCGGGAUCUGUGUCAUUGGAGGGUGUCGCGCUACCACCUCAAACAGUGUACGUCAACCCUCUCUCCUUUGCCGUGCACCCUCCCGGCGCGCCGUUUCGUGGUGAUGGAUGGGUGGACCACUUCAACCCGACCAACACGUCGCCGCCGUUCUUCCAAACCUUCCACCCCGGCUUCCUGAAAAUCCUCGGCUCAAACCCGUCCAUCCGUGUCAUUGCCAGCAACCCCGGGUUCGCGUUUGCGCACGAGGCGCCCAUAUGGGUACCCGAGACGGACGAGGUCUUCUUCAGCAGUCAAGACGGUGGAUAUCUUGGCUUCAGUGACUGGGACAACAACAAUGAGAUGGGCAAGCUGAGCCUGGUUGAUGUGAAUGAGUUGGCGGUCGCGAGCGGAAGCCAGACAACCCCUCUGAAUGCUACGGUGACUCCACUCUCCCUCCCAGACACUGUGCAGAUGACCAAUGGGGGCACCGGUCCGUACCACGGCUCUUUGCUCCUUGUCAACUCUGGGCGAGGUGUGCGCCCGCCGAGCCUCGCCCUCGUCAACCCGGCCGCCCCGCACAACACCACCGUCAUCCUCGACAACUACUUCGGGCGCCAGUUCAACUCGCUCAACGACGCGAAGAUACACCCGCGCGACGGGAAGAUCUACUUCACGGACGUGACAUACGGCUGGUUGGUCCGUUUUCGGCCGGCGCCCCUCCUUCCGAACCAGGUGUACCGGUUCGACCCAAAGACAGGGAACGUCCGCGUUGUCGCGGAUGGCUUCACUCGUUGCAACGGGCUGGCUUUCUCCGCGGAUGGGAAGAUCGCGUACAUCGUGGACUCUGGUGCAGCGGGCGGUUUCCUGGGCAAGAACACGACCGACCCCGCGACUAUUUAUGUGUAUGAUGUCGAUCUGCGGAGCGACGCACUCAUCAACCGACGUGUCUUUGCAUACGUCGACGCCGGCGUCCCCGACGGCGUCCAGGUCGACACGCUCGGCAACGUAUACGCCGCUUGUGGAGAUGGUGUGCACGUGUGGGACCGCGCGGGGACGCUGCUAGGCAAGUUCUUCACUGGGGUCGAGUCCGCGAACAUGGUGUUCGCUGGACGUGGGCGACUGGUCAUUCUUGCGGAGACGGUGGUAUACCUCGCGGAGAUAUUCGCUGAUGGAGUAAAGCUGUCGUGGCCAUGAGCAGAUGAUUGACAUUGCGAUGAUAUAAGUUCUGUUGUACUGAUAGUUCAGCGUAGUAGCCAAGAGCGGAUGAUAGAAUGAAUCCUUCAAGCCUCAGUACAGAUAGGGAAAUCGGCCGAGCGAGUGUUCUGGCCUACAAUAGGCGUCAUGCUCUUGUCCCCGGGCCAAUACUUCCCCAGCCACGAAGACUAUCGUC